AUGGCACCAACAAGAAAAACUCGAAGAACUAAUCUUCAGGGGGAAAAGAAAGUGCAAAACCCACCAGCUGACAAGACGCCGAGCGAUGUUGAAGUUGUUGAGGUCCAAUCAAGGGCAUCCAAUGCUGCAGCAACGCUGGAUACAAAUCUCCUUAAAGAGGAAAUGCGUCUUCUUAAAGAAGAAAACAGAAUUCUGAAAGAAGAACGAGAUUUUCUAAGAAAGAAAGUCAGUGAGAACACUGUCAACGCCUCUAACAAAAAGGAGUUGAAGAAAAGGACUUCUGUCAUGAUGGACUCAUCUGACUCCGAUGAUGAUGAUACCACGUCUGACACCGAUGAGGAUUUAGUGGAGGUCAAAGCAAAGAUGCCGAAAAAGAAAAUCGGAAAGCAUCGUUUGGACAAAAAUCCAAAAGCAUCGUUUGGACGAAGAGCUUCAAAUCCAGAUGAUGUACUACACCGAUACACCAAGAUACUUGCAGAGUUCAGAAAACACAGAAGUGUUGGGCUCGCCUGCCGAAAAUUUGGCAUCGACAGGAACACCAUUGCUCUCACCGGCAUCAUUGCGGAAAUGAAAAUUGCAGGUCCAGAGAAAAUGCCACCCUUUGACGAUGGAGACACUCUUGCAGGCUAUUCGAAAAAGUGCAAAGCUGUACUCCAGGAAGAUGAGGAGCUAAUGAAAAAAAUAGACUCAAUGAAGAAGACGGCUGACCUGCUGCCCAUUGCACACAAGUUCAAUAAAUAAGUUGGUUAAGUUUAGGCUUUUGGUUUUAAGAGGUCAGUUCAUUUAGUUGUCCUUUGUGGCACUAUUUACAGUAGCUUUUUUUUGUUCAAUAUUGCAUUAUUGCACAUUUUUCAUUAUUACUUGUUUACUUAUUACUCAUCUUGUGUUAAUAAAUUGAACGUUUUGAUGUAAUUGCUUCGUAAGAAGGCUUUGUAUAACAGCAAUUUGUUUAUUCACUUGCAAAAUAGUCAUGUUUAACCUGGCAACAUUGUAGGAAAUACAUGGAACAAUAUGU